CCGCCUCUCACUAGUCUCGUGCCCAGCAUCUCUCCUCCCCACGCACCCACAGCCCUGGGCCGCCGCGGGGCGGGGGAUGCCGGGCUGCCGGAUCAGCGCCUGCGGCCCAGGGGCCCAGGAAGGGACGGCAGAACCCGGGUCGCCCCCGCCGCCACCCCGGGAGCCCCUGCCGUCCCUCCAGCCCCCUCCCCCAUCGCCGACCUCGACUCCGACCCCCACUAAGUCGCCGCCCUUACCCGAGGCGACCGAGACGCCCGUGGAAGGGCAGGAGCUGCAGCGCUGGCGCCAGGGUGCUAGUGGGGGGUCUGGGGGCGCGGGCCCGGCGGGGAUCGGGGGCGCGGGCGCGGCGGCAGGGGCAGGGGGCCGCGCGCUGGAGCUGGCCGAAGCGCGGCGGCGACUGCUAGAAGUGGAGGGCCGCCGGCGCCUGGUGUCGGAGCUGGAGAGCCGGGUGCUGCAGCUGCACCGAGUCUUCUUGGCUGCCGAGCUGCGCCUGGCGCACCGCGCGGAGAGCCUGAGCCGCCUGAGCGGCGGCGUGGCCCAGGCCGAGCUCUACCUGGCUGCGCACGGGUCGCGUCUCAAGAAGGGUGCGCGCCGCGGUCGCCGGGGUCGCCCCCCCGCGCUGCUGGCUUCCGCGCUCGGCCUGGGGAGCUGCGUGCCCUGGGGCGCAGGGCGGCUGCGGCGCGGCCAGGGCCCAGAGCCGGACUCGCCCUUCCGCCGCAGCCCGCCCCGCGGCCCCGCCUCCCCCCAGCGCUGACCUCAGCACCCCAGGACCCCUGGCCUCCCGAGACAGGCGGGUCUCCAGGUGCGGGAGGACGGACGGAUGGACGGAUCCAGGUGCUGGCUGGAUGGACGACGGCAUCUACGCGGAGGAGACAGCCGGGGUCCAUGGGGGCUCUGAAAGUGACACUGAGGUGCCCUUGGAGGACAGAAGUGUUGGAGUCCCCAGAGCUCCUCAGCGCCUCCACUCUAUGGGUCUGGACUGACUUCUGCAUUCUGCACCUUCUCUGGAUACCCCCGCCUUCAGGAAGACUUCCAGGACUGACUGUACCCGGUCUCAGCGCCCUCCUCCCAGAAGCCUUUACAGUGGCAAGGCACUGGGUCCUGGGAUCUUGCUACACUCUGAAUUGCUUCCCAUACACUGUCUUUGACUUUGCUUAUACAGAGACCCGAGAUGCUCUCAGAUUAGUCCAGGCUAUGGCAAACAUUGCCAGUGUGACCUAGAGAAGAAUUUCUUCUUAAAGAUAGACUCCUCAUCCUGACACAUCACAGUGUAGCCGGAGUCCCUGUCAUCACAAGUCACAGUGUAGCCAGAGACCCCAUCGUCCCUUCUAUGUCCAGCAGCUCCAAGAGGCCUCUUGGAGGCAAAUCACUGCUGUAGGAAACCCCCAUUUCCCCACACCCACUGUCCUUGUCCUCCCCCUGUGAGUGAGGGCCUGCCUGUAGCUCCUUGCAGACAGUCAGCUGCUGUCUCCUAAGGGGACACUUUUCUCAGGAUGAGGUGACGGUAACAUCAAACUUCCAAACCAAGUUACAUGCACAGAGGAAAUUCAGUUCUUCACGUAUCCUGAUAGAGAGAAGGAGGCACAUUUACUCCCACACCACCCAGAACAUAUAGGCUUCCGUAAAGUGGCUGCAUAUCAACUCAGUUCCCAACUCUAUACAUGCAGGAAGAAUAAAUCUAAGUAACGAGAG